AGUCUUCCUUGGCAACAUUGUUUAUAGGUACUAACAUUAUAUCGCUCAUCGAAAACAGCUGGUUAAAGAAAUAUUAAUGUUUAAUUAUUGAAUCAUUUCAAAUAUGAAUAUUGAAGUUUAUGGUAGGGUAAGACCAUCAGUACAUGGGGAAAGAGCUGUUCAUAUAUCCGAGAGCUUCCAAAGCAGCAUUGAGCAAUUAGUCAAUCGACCUGGUGCGCCAUAUCAUAGUAUAAAUGAAAUAUUUCCCACUUCUACGACGAACUCUGACAUUUUCUCCCUUACUACUCGUCCCCUGGUCGACUUGUGGGCAAGCGGAUUCAACUGCUGUUUAAUUGUUACUGGUGAAUCCAAUUCUGGGAAAGCAUUUACUGUUGUUGGAAAUAAUAGUAGUUCGUCUGGCAUUUUCUCUCAGAUAUUGUAUCAUAUAUUCAGUAAGAUUGGAGAAGAUGAAGAAUAUUACGGGGAUGAAAGACGUCAUCCACCAGGAAGAUUAAAAAUGCAAAUGUAUGAAAUUUUUAAUGAAAAUGUCAGAGAUCUGUUGGCUGUAACACCCAAAGUUGAAUUCUGCCAAUUUGAAGAAUCAGCUGAAAAGGGCACAUUCGUACAAAAUGGAACAGUGGGAACUGUGCCAAAUGUUCUUGAAGGAUGUGGCUUAUUUAGGCGGGGUCUUAAUAAAAGAUCGGCAAUGGAAACUGACUAUGGGUCAUCUGAACAAUUUUCUAAUAUAGUUAUAUAUCUUGAUCUUAACGUUAAACUAAGAGAUCAGAAUCAAAGUCAUAGUAGUAGAUUUACCAUUUGUGUAACUCAAGGAGCAGAAAGACUACGAGACGACACAGUUCUAAUUAAAAGAGAAGGCGAAAACUUAUCAAAAUCCAUAAUCACUCUAUCACAACUGGUAGCAAGUCUUGCUAAUCAACCACAUGCUGAUAGAGUAAUUCCUUAUAAUCAUUCAAAACUUACUACCAUGCUUAAAGAAGAAAUUGGAGGAAACAGUAAAACAACAGUUCUUGUUUGCUUAAAACCGAAAAAGGAAAGUUCUGUCGUUGAUCCAAUUUUAAGAAUGUGCGCCCAAUUUAGUCAAGUUAAAAAUUUUCCAUUAGUUAAUGAUAAUUUAGCUCUGCAAUUAAUCACCCAAUACAGGGCUAGAUUGAUUUAUCUUCAGAAUAUUGCAGGAUUUGGCGCAAAUGCACCAUUUUCUAAAGAUAUACAAAGCGAAUUAUUGGCUCUACAAUCAGAAAAUAUAGAGCUAAGGGAUCACGUGGAAAAACUCCAACAUCAGCAUACCUCUUUAAAAACCCACGUUGGAACACUAGCUAACAGUAAAGCAGACGUUUCAGAACAACUUCUAUUGACUCAGAAAGACCGUCUACAAAUUUCACAGACGUUAGUCGAUUUAAAAUUAAAAAAUCAUCAAUUAAGGGAAGAAUACGAAGAAGUUCAAUAUCAUUUGAAGAAUAAAAUUUUGAACAUGGAAGAGAAGUUGAAUGGGGUGCUAUCUGAUAAACAAAAAGAGGAGCAAAAAGCCAAAUAUGCCGAAGAAAGAUUGCUAGAACUUCAAAAAGUCUACAAAGAUCUUUCAGAUGAGUAUACUGAUCUUCGAGCUUCCUAUGCCGAAAUGAGAAUGACCGCUGAAAAUGAGAAAAGAAAAGUGAUAGAUUUAAGCGUAGAGUUGCUCAGACUAGUCAAGGAGAAGGCAAAUCUACAACAACAACUUGGACAACGAGUUGAUGAGGAGGAAGGUGAACGAUGGCGCCAUCUAGUUACUGAUGAUGAAGCAAAAAUCCCUAAUAGAAGAAUUAGACAAGAAUUAGAAGAUAAUUACUUUCUCCGCGAAAAUGAAUUUAGGGAGAAAAUGGAUAAAUUAAAGACAGAUUUUGAAAAAUCUGGAGACUCCUUAGAAUUAAGAAUAGCGCAAUUACAGACUGAUUUAAAAAGAUAUAGACAAUCCGACCAUGACAAACAGCUUCGACUAGCCAAACUGGAAAGUGAACUUAUAUAUGUAAAAAGUGAAAAAGACGAGAUUGAAAAAGAAUAUAAUAGGUUACAACAUAAAGUAAAAGACAAGACUUCGGAAUUUAGGUCAACUUUAACGAAAUAUAUCAACGAUAUUGCUAUAAUCGCUGACAAUCAGAGAAAUUACGAAUUCUCUUCCGAUAAAAUAAAUAAUUUAAGAAAAAAAGUUGAUGAAAUGCUGCAAGAGUUGAAAAAAUCGUACAAAACCAGAGAAGAACAACUAUGCGAAGCUGUUGUCAAAGAGAAGAAUAUUAAAAAAGGAUUAGUUAAAAAAUACGAGCAGUUAUUAGUUGCUUACAGGCAAUUGCAAGUAUCCAUUUUGGAAAAACACGAAGACUUUGAUAUUGGAUCGAAAGAACAAGUCUUCCAAUUAGACGAGAAAGAUUUAUUAUCAUCUCAGCAAGAGGAAAUUUUCAGACUAAAGAAUCAAAUUGAUGACUUGGAAAAUACUAUAGAAAAUUCAAAGUAUAACAUCAAUACAGACUUGAAUAAAAAUGAAAAAAAAUUGGAAAUGGACAAACUUCGUAGAGAGGUGAAAGAGUUUACUAUAAACACUCAAAGGGAACUAGAAGACGAAAGAGCGCAAUUAAUGACAGAAAAAGCUAUUUUACAAGAGGAAGUUAGCGAACUUCGAAAUUAUAUUGAUAAAAUGAUAAAGAAUAAAUAA